GCUGUCCACCGGGGAGGUUUUUUUUUUUUUUUUCCUAAUUUUUCACUCGCAUCUGGAUCCCAGUACGAGUCGCAAACAGCCCAGCGUCCCGAGCCGCAGAAACCACGGCGUCUUUAAAUUUGGAAAGGAAAGCAGGGAAAGAAAAGAAGAAGCCCAGCUCUCCUCCGCGGUCUGCUGUCCUCUCCUGGUUACCCGUCCGUCGGAGCAGUUAGUGUGAGACUGAGAUUGUUCAACUUGGAGAGAAAGUUUUUUUUUUUGGUCGGUUUUUCUUCAGCUCGCUGUUUUCGCUCAUUUUUUCCCUCCUGUUGAGUCUGGGACUUUAUUCUAAACUAAAACUAGUUGCUUUUCUGGGUUUUGGCAGCAGAGCUGGUCUUUGGAGCGGCUGGGAAUGAAGUUUCUGUUGAGUUGAAGAAAUAAUCUCCAUGAGGAAACUGAGCAACCGGAGAGCCGCAGCGACUUUCCCUUAGCCCGCACACACACCUGGCUGGCUCCAUACCUGUGUUUUUACCUCUGCUUUUAGUUAUUGUUUUAUAAAUCUGACUAUGAAGGCGCUGUUGUUGCUGUGUGUCGUCUGCACGCUGGCCGUGCUGUCCGCCUCGGGGAGCGCGGAGCCAAAGUUGAAUAACUGUAACGAAGUUCGAGCUGCGUUCAGCUCCAAAGGCUUCAACGUUAACGAUGUCCCCAACAAAGGAACCAACGGAGCCUCGCUGAAGGUGUGUCCGCAGGGUUUCUCCUGCUGCACGGCGGAGAUGGAGGAGAAGCUGAGCCAGCAGAGCCAGACGGAGAUCAAAGCUCCCGUGUCCAAGCUUAGCACCGGCCUACAAUCCACCUUCACACAGAGACACGACCAUUUUGACAAGUUUUUCCGAGAGCUCCUGAAAAACUCCGAGUCCUCGCUGCACAGCAUGUUCGUGCGAACCUACGGCGUGAUGUACAUAGACAACGCCCAGCUGUUCAAGGACUUCUUCGCGUCUCUGACCCAGUACUACCUGUCCGGCAGCUCGGCCGUCAACAUGGACUCCAUGCUUUCGGACUUCUGGGCCGAUCUCCUGGAGAGGAUGUUCCGGCUGGUCAACGUUCAGUACGAGUUCAGCGACGCCUACAUGGAGUGCGUGAGCCGGCACACGGAGCAGCUGCAGCCCUUCGGCGACGUUCCGCGCAAACUCCGGAUCCAGCUGACACGGGCCUUCGUAGCCGCCCGCACCUUUGUGCGAGGGCUUGCCCUCAUUCCGGACGUGGUGAAUAAGGUGUCCACGGUCAGCGCCUCCCCCAGCUGUGUCCGAGCAGCCAUGAAGAUGUUGUACUGCCCCUACUGCUCCGGCCAGGUGGCCCUGAAGCCCUGCCAGAAUUACUGCCUGAACGUGAUGCGGGGGUGUUUGGCUAACCAGGCCGACCUGGACAGCGAAUGGAACAACUUCCUCGAUGCCAUGCUCGCUCUAGUCGAGCGGCUCGAAGGCCCCUUCAACUUUGAGUCUGUAAUGGACCCCAUCGACGUCAAGAUAUCAGAGGCCAUCAUGAACAUGCAGGAGAACAGUUUGCAGGUUUCUCAGAAGGUUUUCCAAGGAUGUGGGAUGCCCAAACCAAACUCGGCCAUCCGUAGCAAACGUUCGACGAGGGAAAACAGCUUUACUGGCCGCUUCCGGCCUUACAGUCCCGAAGCGAGACCGACGACUGCGGCUGGGACCAGUUUAGACCGGCUGACAGCGGAGGUGAAGAAGAAGCUGAAACACGCAAAGAGGUUCUGGUCUACGUUGCCAGAUACGGUGUGUGGAGUGGAACGGACUGCGCCUGGCGACGAGUGUUGGAACGGUACCGCCAAAAGCAGGUACCAGUCUGAUGUGAUUGGCAACGGGCUGGCCAAUCAGGUGUACAACCCCGACGUUCAGGUGGACAUUACUAAACCGGACAUAGUGAUUCGCCGUCAGAUUGCAGUUUUAAAGGAAAUGACCAGCAGGCUGAGAGCAGCACACUUUGGAAAUGACAUCUCUGUUGACAUUGAUGACGGUAGCGGGGACGCAGAGAGCGGCAGCGGCUGCGACUCCCCGUCCUGCACUACUGACGACAUCUACUUCUCCACCCCGCUGACGCCCGUCAAGCCGAAGACCAAGGAGGUUGGCACAUCAUCAGCAGGAGCUUCCGCACGGGUCAGCGUGGCGCUGGCGCUCUUUGGGCCGGCCCUGGCCCUGCUCGCCGCCCCCUGGAGAUAAAACUAGCGGCGGCGGAGAGGAAGAGAUCGAGCAGGAUUAAAAGAAUGAAGGGGAACCCUGUCAGAGAGACUUUUAAAGAGACUGCCUUCAGGGCCUCAGACUGUCCGCUGUGGGGGGAGGGAAGGGAAGGGAGGGGUGGGAAGACUCUUCUUGAUAUUACAAUAAUUUCACUAUUAACUAUUUGUAUGUUUGUAAGGACAUCAGUGUAUGUCGGAGGGGGAGGGGGGGUUUGCUGGGGAUCCCUUCAGGUUCUGCUCGCAGCGUUACAAACAUGGAAGCGUCCUCUCCAGCAGGUUCCCACUUUCCCUGGCGCUCGCCGCCACACCGAAGCUUUUAAACACCGACAGCAGCCGACGCUCGGUUGGACAGGAAGUGCCUGCAUUGGGUCAUCGUCGUAUUUCUGAGGAUGUUCUUGUUCUCCAUCAUUCAUUACAUUCAAACUGUGAAUUUAUCUCUAAGAUUAGCCAAACUAUUUCAGCCUUUUUUUAUUGUUACAUUCAAGGUAUUUUAAUGCAGAAGAGCACAACUCAGAAAUACAGCAAGAUGUUUCGACACAGGUGAUUUCCUUAAAGGGCCCCCUACGAGCCCUAAACAUGCAUAUAGUGCGUCAGCUAUCAGCUUCAUAACAGCCCUACCCCCCCUCCCCUCACUGUUUACUUCCACACAAUGCACAGUUAAGCAGUAAACUCAUACCUCACACAUACGGUCAUCGUUGAUGCACACCAACGACGUGGAAAAUGAGCUAAAGAGUUGGGUACGUGGUUCAGGUUCCCCCUGUCGAAACCCAGGAAGAAGACGUAGGCGACGAGUCACGGCGGCCCCUGGUGAGCUCAGCCCAUCAGACGCUCCGACUCUCUGAACAGAGAGGUUGGCGUCAUGGUUUUUCUGAGAAUUUCAGGUAGAGUCGGGCGAACGGGAACGACAGGAGAGCGUUUUGAUGAAGAACAUGAGAAAAGUUGAAUACAGGGUCUGAGGCGGAGGACGUGUACUUAUACAGAAACGAAGAUUAUAUUUGGUACUAAAUCAAUUUUAUGUGACAGAGGGGGAGAGCAUGCACAGAUUAACCCCCCACCACCCACCCCCCUACCUGUUACAUGCCUUUACUUCUAAACUCAGCCCCCGUCAGUAGAAAUGGACUCAUUUCAUCUACUUACUUUAAAAUGGUUACCCCGACAGAUCGACAACGUUUUCAGGCUUUUAUUUUUUUUAUUUUGUCUCGUCUUUGGUCCAUUUUUUUCAUUUCUUGGUUUCGAAAAAGGAUUGAAAUGUUUGUAAUCCACGGUCUAUCUGCACAAAACAAGAUCUGGAUCUUCUAGUCUGAUAAUCGGGUCUGCGAGCUGCACGGCCCGGACGCUUCAGCUCUAAAGAUAUAGCCUCUUGUACAGUAACUUAUGUUUGUGUUUUAACGGGACGGGAAAAGAACGAUGUGUUGGCAAACGAAUCAAAAUCAGCCCCAAAAUGUAGGUUAAAGACAUGCUUUUAAUGUUUGGAUUUUAAACUAUCAUAGUUAAGCCCAAAAUUGUUACUUAAAAAAACACAAACAUGUUUUUUUCCCUCUUGGCCUGAAAAUGUUGCAUUAGAUUCUUUGCCUUUGCCUCUGGCAUUUUCCUACUAAACAAUCUGUCUUUGAAGGAUUUAAUGAAACCUCUAUGCACCACAUGUAAACUGCGCUUCAUUCGGCUUUACUUGUGUGAUUUGAUUUCCCUUGCUUUGUGUCCUGAGAACAUUUCAGAGUUUGUGCACGCGUUUGCCACGUUGGAAGAGAGGAGCGGUCAGAGAAACUUUCUGAGGAAAUGUUUCAGGUGACAAUGGUGAAUGUCUUUGUUUGCAGGCAGAUUUUUUUCUUUUUUUUCUUUCUUUAUUCCCAGCUGGCAGGAGAUUGUCCAGCAGCUGGGUGUUAAUUUGAUCCACAGAGAAAAUGUCAGUCCUGUAACCUAAAAAAAGAGAAAAGUCGACCUGGACGGGUGUAGAAAUCCUUCCAUCUGCCUUUAACCUGCAGGAAGAGGAAGGACUCGCUCUCUGAGGAGAGGGUGACCGACUGAAGAGAAUGAAUGAUGUGUAAAUAGAGAGCAGCCGUUUUUAGAUGUCUCUAAAAGAGGCCUUAACCGUACACCAGAGUAAAAAGAAAUGUUAUGGAAGAAAACAAGAUGAUAGAUGUUAAAUUGUAAGA